UUCUUCAAGUCUCAUGACAUUUCCAUUAAGCCAUUAAUCAAAUAGAAACCAUUCUGACUGAAAUCAUAUCAUUCAGCUUUGGUUCUUGUGUCCAAAGUAACUUUUUUAUUUAACUUAUUUAAAUAAACAUAGAACCCAAUUUGAUGUAAUUUUGCAUCAAAUUUCAUUCGUUUUUAUUGUAGCAUGGUGAAAUUGUAUUUCACCGAGUGAUUAAAUACCAGUUUCAAGAUAAAAUCCAUACAAAUUUAGCAUUUUAUUUUGCGCGGUGUGCCGAAAAGGAAAAAAAACUCAUCAUCAUGUCGAAUGAUGUGGCCGAAUCGAAUGCGGUUGUACGGAGCGAUAAUGACACAGAAAAUACACAAGCUGUUUCACAAGAUGAAGCACCACCACAACAGCAGCCGACCAAAUUAGAGUCAUUUUUUGCAAUCACCAAAUCAUUAAUCAUCAGAGCACUCAUCAUCUACUUUGUUUCAUCGUUUUUGCGUAAGCCAGCAUCAACACCCACAGAAGUAAAUCCAACUGCACCGGGCGGUGCAGCACCUCCUGCACGAUUACCAGCCUCGAAUUUCUUCCAAAAUGGCACUCUGUUCGAUUUUCAUGUCUACAUAUCGGAGGAUCAGUUCACUGUGAAUUUUAGCGAUACGAACAGUUUGAUUUGGUAUCAAGAGGGUCUCACGUAUGGCGAUUGGUAUGGCGGUAAAAAUGGUGACGGAACCAUCACUCAUCACACACAAAUUCGAGCCUCUGAACAACUUCAGAACAAUGGAUCAAUUUUCAUCCAUGUAUAUGUUACCAGGUAUGGUAUGAGUCCGAACCCGGCCGAUCUUGAAUCGUUUGCCAAGCAAGAGAUGAGCCAUUCCAGUCGAUUGUUGAAUAAGUUUAAGAAGAUUCGUUACCAAAAAACGCAUAAUUUAUUGACCGGUCAAACGGAGAAGAGUGAAGAGGAGCAACGCAAAUCGAAGAUAAUGAGCGCUGAAAUAAUGUCACAUUGGCAUCCAAAUCUGACCAUCAACUUAGUAACCGAUCAAACAAACUGGGUGAAAGGUGCGGUGCCACAACCGCUCGACGAAUACAUUCAAUUCAGUGAAGAUGAUCUAACUUAUUACCCAAUUAUAUUCUUCAAUGAUUAUUGGAACAUGUUACGAGACUAUCAGCCAAUCAAUUCGACGACUAAAAUAUUGGAUUUAUCUCUUACCUAUCAGCCACUCUCACUUUUCAAAUGGCAAUUGUAUGCGGCACAAGCAGCCAAGAACAAAUGGACUUCAAGUAUUUUCGGAGAGAGUUUGGCCGGUGCCACCGAAGACAAUGACGAAGAACAAGAUUCACUCAAAGAGACAUUAUUGGAUACAAAUCCAUAUUUGCUUGGCAUGACAAUUGCCAUCUCAAUUUUGCACAGUAUUUUCGAAUUGUUGGCAUUUAAAAAUGAUAUCCAAUUCUGGAACAAUCGUAAAUCACUCGAAGGAUUAUCCGUUCGAUCAGUAUUCUUUGGUGUAUUCCAAUCACUCAUCGUAUUACUCUAUGUACUUGACAAUGAAACGAAUUUCAUGAUUCGAAUCAGUUGCUUCAUUGGUCUCGGUAUUGAAAUAUGGAAAAUUCAGAAAGUUGUCGACUUCAAGUUCAACAAGGAAGAUCGCAUUUUCGGUAUCAUACCAAAACUAACAUUCACCGACAAAGGUUCUUAUGUGGAUUCAAGCACAAAACAAUACGAUAAUUUGGCAUUCAAGUACUUGGGCUGGUUGUGCUUCCCGUUGCUCAUCGGAUUCGGUGUUUACUCAAUCAUCUAUAAUGAACACAAAGGAUGGUAUUCAUUCGUAUUGAAUAUGCUGUACGGUUUCUUGUUGACAUUCGGUUUCAUCAUGAUGACACCACAACUAUUUAUCAACUACAAAUUGAAGUCGGUGGCACAUUUGCCAUGGCGCAUGAUGACCUACAAAUUUUUGAACACAUUCAUCGAUGACAUCUUUGCAUUCGUGAUCAAAAUGCCGACCAUGUACCGAUUGGGUUGCUUCAGAGAUGACAUUGUUUUCUUCAUUUUCUUGUACCAGCGAUGGAUCUAUAAGGUGGACAAGAGUCGUGUGAAUGAAUUUGGUUUCUCGGGUGAAAUGGAGGAGGACACAAAGAAGGGCAUUGCCAACGGUGAUGCAACCGAACCGGUCGUGGCCGCAAUUGAAGCCAAACCAUCGUCACCAGCUUCAACCAAAUCGAAAUCAAAGAAAGACAAAAAACGAGAUUAAUCUCUUCCCAAAUUCUCAUUUUUAAACACAAUUUUUGAAAUAAGCCGCAUGCCGUGUAUCACAUACGUCUAAACGAUGAACAUAACCAUAUUUUAUGUUGUUGUAAAAAUACUAACUAGUUAAUUGCGUUUGCAGCGUGUAGCCAAUUGUUCACCAGUGAAGUGCGAGAGAGAAAAAAAGCGAGCAAGCAGUGUGUAAACAGGACUGUAUUUUAGCGUUAGUUAUUAUAUAUUUGAAUGUUGGUCGAAUUGUGUUAGUUUAACGUAAGAAUACCAGAAUAAAAAUAGAAAUUACAGUAAAUGUAAAACAGAAAGAAUAAACCGAAAAUUAUGCCGAAUUCAUUGAGUGAACGAACAAACGGGUACAAAAAUGCAGAACAAACAACAAAUAUCAAUUUUACCGUGAAAUAAAAAGUUGCGAAUGAUUUGA